GGAAACCAGCGGCGCGGCGGCGGUCACGUGAUCCCGAGGGGAACCGCGAUGGCGGCGGAGUGGCUGCUGCUGGCGCUGGCGCUGGCGCUGCCCCCCGAGCGCCCCCUGGCGGCCGAGCCCCGCAAGGUGCAGAUCGGGGUCAGGCGGCGCCCGGAGCGCUGCGGGGAGAGAUCGCGGAGGGGGGACGUGCUGACCCUGCACUACACGGGCACGCUGGAGGACGGCACGCCCUUCGACAGCAGCCUGAGCCGGGAGCAGCCGUUCGUGUUCUCACUGGGCACCGGACAGGUCAUCAAGGGCUGGGACCAGGGCCUGCUGGGGUCAUCAAGGGCUGGGACCAGGGCCUGCUGGGGUCAUCAAGGGCUGGGACCAGGGCCUGCUGGGGUGAGUGACCACUGACCAACUGACCA